AUGCACCUCCUUGAAUGUGGCGGUGGUGGUGAUCUGCGUUUAACCAGAGAUUUGACUGACAAUAUCCCUGCCUAUGCGAUUCUCUCCCAUACUUGGGGAGCCGAUGAAGAUGAAGUUACAUUUGCGGACAUCCAGACAGGGUCAGGCAAGAGCAAAAAGGGUUACAAAAAAAUCCAGUUCUGUAGGGAACAGGCGAGGAAGCAUGGCCUCCAAUAUUUCUGGGUGGACACAUGUAGUAUCGAUAAGGCCAACCAUACAGAGCUCUCAGAGGCCAUCACGUCAAUGUUCCGCUGGUACCGUGAUGCUGCUAAAUGCUACGUCUACCUAUCUGAUGUGUCAAUUCACGACCAGGACAAUGACAGCCCUACCAAGCGGCCGUGGGAAUCAGCCUUUCGCAAGAGCCGAUGGUUUAGACGGGGCUGGACACUACAAGAACUCCUUGCUCCGAGAUCGGUCGAGUUCUUCUCGCGCGAAGAACAGUGCCUUGGUGAUCGGAAUCUCCUUGACCAGGUGAUUCACGAAAUUACGAAUAUUCCGCUUUCGGCGCUCCAUGGUACACCUAUGUCGGAUUUCAGUGAUCAGGAGAAGAUGCGAUGGGUGGCAGGACGUGAGACGAAAAAAAUUGAAGACCGAGCGUACUGCCUACUUGGGAUCUUUGGUGUAUUCAUGUAUCUCAACUACGGCGAGGGAGACCAUGCAUUUGAUCGUCUGGAAAAAGAGAUUCGUGGGUCUUCAAAACCAUCUCAAAAGUACAAUAUCCCGUUCAGCCUUCGAGGCGUCCCCGUUAUCGACAAGUUUGCAGACCGUCCCACUGACUUGGCUGAUCUGGGCAAGGGUCUUCAUCCACAACGAGGAUCUCGUCAGUGUCAAAAAUUAUUUGUGCUGAGUGGGAUGGGCGGGAUGGGCAAAACACAACUAGCGGCGCAAUUUGCGAGACUCAAUCACACCAAAUACAGUGCUGUGUUCUGGCUGGAUGGGAGCUCGAGUGACAAGCUGAAGCAAAGCAUCGCCUCUGCAGCCACACGCAUUCCCGUGGGACAAAUUCCCGAAGCCAUGAGAACAGCUGUAGCUGGCGAGGGUGUAGAUCUGGAGGCUGUCGUUGAACACUUUCUCAGCUGGCUCAGUCUCCCGGACAACGACUGCUGGCUGCUUGUGAUCGACAAUGUUGACCGUGAAUAUCGUGCCCAAGAUAUCCAGCCCGGCGCCUACGACGUGACACGUUAUUUUCCCCAGGCCGACCACGGCUCCAUUCUAGUGACGACUCGGCUCAGUGAACUAGAGCAAUAUGGAACGACGGGAAGAAAGCUGAAGAAUGUGGACGAUGAUCUUGCCAAGGCUAUUUUCUGCCAAUGGUGUCCGAGAAAAUUUGAUGAGGAUCAAGGUGCUCAACUAUUACGGCUGCUGAGUGGCCUUCCACUGGCCUUGACCCAAGCUGCAUCAUAUAUACACCAGACCGGAAUUACCUUUCCACAGUAUAUUAAUCUCUACAACAGCCGCUGGAAAGAUCUCAUGCAAUCACAAGAAAAAGAUGGUGCAUCACUUCCCCGAUACAAUCACAGCAUUUGGACAACAUGGAUGAUUUCCUUUGAUGCUGUCCGCAGGACGAAUGAAGCAGCUGCCAAUCUCCUCUUCUUUUGGGCUUUUUUGGACAACCGAGAAUUAUGGUACGGACUUUUUGAAGGAAUAAACAGCAGGUCACAAGUUACUUCUCUCGCCUCACCACUUCAAGAGAUCUAUGAGGACGAGGUGGCGUUCAACAGCGCGAUCCGGCUUCUGCUGAAGUACUGCCUCAUAGAACAGAUGGAAAAUCUGGCUGGUUAUGUAGUCCAUCCGGUGUUGCACCAGUGGUCUCGGCAUAUACAGACGAAGGAGCAACAGGUCAAUUACGUACGACUCGCCGUGGUUACAGUUGGCUCAGCCGUUCCGUCAGACUCGGAACGAGAUUCUUGGGUGACCCAACGACGUUUACUAGGGCAUGCUGAGUGCUGCCUCCACUGGAUCAUUGAUGAUUGGGUAGAUAUCUUGAAUAUGGAGGAUCGCGCGGGCAAGGACGUAGCAGGCUAUGAUAACAAUCUACAGGACAUCCUCGAUGCAACCCGCCAGCUGGGCGACCUCUACUUGGGCCAAGGCAAGCUGGAGGAGGCGGAGGAUAUGUACGAGCGGGCGCUGCGAGGCCAGGAGAAGGCCCUAGGGCCAGAGAAUAUAUGGACACUUAACACAGUCAACAAUCUCGCUAUACUCUAUGGACAUCAAGGCAAGCUGGAGGAGGCGGAGGAGAUGUAUGAGCGAGCGUUGCGAGGCAAGAAGAAGGCCCUAGGGCCAGAGCAUAUAUGGACACUUAACACAGUCAACAAUCUCGGUAACCUCUACUUCGAUCAAGGCAAACUGGAGGAGGCGGAGGAGAUGUAUAAGCGAGCGUUGCGAGGCAAGGAGAAGGUUCUAGGGCCAGAGCAUAUAUCAACACUCACAACAGUCAAUAAUCUCGCUGUACUCUAUGAAGAUCAAGGUAAGCUGAAGGAGGCGGAGGAGAUGUAUAAGCGAGCGUUGCGAGGCAGGGAGAAGGCGCUGGGGCUAGAGCAUAUGUCGACACUCACAACAGUCAAUAAUCUCGGUAGUCUCUACCAUAAUCAAGGCAAGUUGACUGAGGCGGAGGAGAUGUUUGAGCGGGCGCUGCGAGGCAGGGAGAAGGCGCUGGGGCCAGAGCAUAUGUCGACACUCACAACAGUCAAUAAUCUCGCGAUUCUCUACCAUCUUCAAAGCAAGCCAGCGGAGGCGAAGGAGAUGUUUGAGCGGGCGCUGCGAGGCUAUGAGAAGGCACUACAAUCAGAUAACCUUCAUUCUCUCACCAUCACUUACAAUCUGGGCUUACUCUAUCGCACGCAGGGCAACACGGAAGAGGCCAGAAAUAUGUUCCAGCGCGCACUUGUCGGCCGAAAAAGAAUUCUAGGAGAAAACCAUCCUGACACCUUAGAUUCGGCUAGUCUCUUGAUGAAACUGCCAUUGCUUGAGGAAGAAAGAGUGGAAGAAAGAGUGGAAGAACGGGCGGAAGAACGGGCGGAAGAACGGGCGGAAGAACGAGUGGAAGAACGAGUGGAAGAACGAGUGGAAGAACGAGUGGAAGAAAGAGUGGAAGAGUACCCAAGGACCAUGAGCGCCCACCACUCAACAAGGAAACGAGAUUUGUUCAAGAGCAUGCUCCGACUACAAUGGUCGAGGGAUGGUCAUUCCUGA